AGGAUUUUGUUUCAUGUCAUAUUGUAUUUUUAAUGAGCUGAAUCCUGUGGAUUUAAGAACAUUGUAAUGCCUGAUUGUGUUCCUAAUGAAUGGUUCAAAUUUACCAUUAAAAAAAAAUAAAAAAAUUAGUAGAGUAUUUUGAUAAAAAAAAUUCCAAAUUUAACUUUUCAGACUAAUUUAAGUGGGCUUAUUGCUUCUCGCUGGAUUUUAACUGUAGAAGCCCACAUACAUUUACUGGGCCAGACUAAUUCUCAAUCGGACUUUCUUCCCAUUUGAACCGGCGGCGACGGUAUAGGGCACGUUACCGUGUGGAGCUUCUGAGCCAGACCAAAUCUCCUGAAUUCUAACGCAGCCUGUACUACUACAUACACCGAUGGGUACAGGAGACGAGGUUGUUGAAAUUGAUAGCUUGGAGAGGGGUCUGUUAUCGGGUACUGAUAAAAAUGGAGCUGAAGACGAUGAUGUGUUGUAUUCUGCUUCAUUCCUAGAGAUGGAAGAUAAUUUUGUUAGAUACCAAACAGCUCAAUGGGUUCUAUACUCGUUGCUUUUGAUUCUGGCAUGGGGAAUUGGCUUGUUCAUGCUGCUUUAUUUACCUGUUCGUAGGUAUAUACUACGGAAGGAUAUCCGAUCGAAAAAACUCUACCUUACUCCAAACUCCAUUGUCUAUAAAGUUGCUAGGCCAGUGCCAUUUCCAUUUUUUGGGGCAUUAAAGAAAGAGAAGUAUAUUUUGUUACCAUCAGUUGCUGACAUAGUAAUUGAGCAAGGAUAUCUUCAGUCUCUGUAUGGUGUUUACUCACUUAGAAUAGAGAAUGUUGGGUUAAGAAGGCCACCGAGCGAUGAUGUUAAAAUCCAGGGAAUUGCAAAUCCAAAUGCUUUCAGAAAGGCUGUUUUGAUGCGGCUUUCGAAUAUGAGGAAUGAAGUUUUCUCUAGACAAGUUUCCACAAUUGAUGAUGUCCCAAAUUUGAGGUUGCAGGUGUCCCCAUCGAAAUCUCUCAGGCAAGAUUCAUUUUCUCAUCCAGGAGAUCUAAUUCUACUGCAGAAGCUAGAGGAGGUUGGAACUUCUGUCAAGAGAGUUCAAACUUUAAUUGAGGAGCAACGCCCUGAGACAUCAGAGCACAGGGAUUAAAUUUCAUCUUUCGUUGAUUCCACUAUUCCUCCACAUCUUCAUAGUGGAGUGAAGAAUAUUCUUAUAUGUAUAGAUUAUAGUGUAUGAAAUGACUAAAUAUGUAUACACGUAUUCUAUGAAAGAUUAAGGUAAAAAAGAAGUUUGAUCGUGGAAUUGUACAUGAAAAAUUUAAGUUUUUUCAAGUCAUAAAUGAACUUGGAGAAGAUGAUAAGGAAGGGAGAUUAAGAAAACAUUUUCAAAAUUAAAUUGAGAAAUCACAACACAAGUAUUUUUGUUUC